AUGCAUGUGUUGAUUUACAAGUAUUUACUUUCAUUUACUUCUAUCUAUCUAUCUAUCUAUCUAUCUAUCUAUCUAUCUAUCUAUCUAUCUAUCUAUCAACACCCAGACACUUCAAUGUACAAGUCUAUUUACAUAUCUCAGACUGUACGCGUAUCUAUCUAUCUAUCUAUCUAUCUAUCUAUCUAUCUAUCUAUCUAUCUAUCUAUCUAUGUUCAUUUUAAGGAUACGACAUACAAUUCUAAUGUUACUGGUAUACAUACAUACAUAUCUAUUUAUCUAUCUAUCUAUCUAUCUAUCUGUCUGUUUGCUCUCAGUAUAGAAUUUUCUCUAUUAGCUUCCAACUGUAAGAGUAAAAGAGAAAAGAAUCUCUCUUUUUCUCUUAAUUCACACAUCUUUUCCCUUUUUUUCUCUCCUUUUGAUUUUGCCAUUUUUCCCUACUAUUCUCUCUCUCUCUCUCUCUCUCUCCACUUAUAUUUUCAUAUUUGA